AUGUCAGCUAUUUUGGAAAAAUUCAGAGGUCUCUCGCUGGCUAGCGAUCUCGACAAGGAGCAGCUUGCGUUGGCCACUCAAUGGGAAACCGUGGUUAAAUCUGGACAAGUCCACACCAACCUAGAAGAACUGAACUUGCGUUUGAGAGAUCACUCUUUUAUUUUGGCGACCAUCACGCCAUCGGAAACGGAUGCUGUCGUCUUUGAGUCUGUUUUCCCCAUUAUCAAAGAGCUCCUAGCCUCUUCCAAAGACGUCAAAGGCCAUUACGCCCAGUACAGACACAUUAUCAGAUGGAGCGCAUACUUACAAGAGCUGCUUGACGUUCCUGAGAACAUCAAGCUUUCUUUGAACUUUGAACUCGAAUUGCCCCGUGAGAUUAUAGAGAAGAAAAAGAAGGAGGACGCCAAGAAACCUGCAGAAGGCGAGGCUGCUAAACAAGCCGCUGGUAAAUCUGCUUCCAAAGAGAAGCCACAACAAGGAGGUCCAAGAGGAAAGCCAGAUGAAGAAACCUUGAAAAAACUACGCGAAGAAGCUAAGGCCAAGAAAGCCGCUAAAAAGGCCGCCAACGCCCAGCAGCAGCCACAAGAACAGCAGGCCCAAAAGCCAAAAGUUUCGGCAAUUGAUCUGCGCGUUGGCUUCAUUCAAAAAUGUAUCAAGCACCCAGAUGCCGACUCUCUAUAUGUUUCUACCAUUGAUUGCGGUGAUGAAGAAGGCCCCAGAACCGUGUGCUCAGGGUUGGUCAAAUACUACCCUCUCGAAGCUAUGCAGGAGCGUUACGUGGUUGCUGUUUGCAACUUGAAGCCUGUCAACAUGAGAGGUAUCAAAUCCACUGCGAUGGUCUUAUGUGGUUCUGACGAAAACGACGUUGAGUUCGUUCAACCUCCACAAGGUAGCAAGCCUGGUGAUAAGGUUUUCUUUGAAGGAUACGGUGAAGAGGAGCCUGCGAAGCAACUGAACCCAAAGAAAAAAAUCUGGGAACAAUUCCAACCUAACUUUUCCACUAAUGAGAACAAAGAGGUCUUCCUAAAAGACGAAGAAGAGAAUGGCAAGCUCAAGAAGCUAACUAAUGCCAAGGGAGAAUCAUUUAAAGUCGACUCCAUUGUUAACGCUAAUGUCCGUUGA